AUGGCUUCACUAUCAUUAGCGGUUCAACUGGUCAAAUUUUUGAAAAUCAAUAGAAAAACUUCAGCCGAUGUAUUGCUCUUUGUUACUCCUAUUGAUUUACUUGCUAUGUUUACCGUUCUUUUGGGAUUUUAUUCAAAAAGUUGCUUUGAAAAUAUGCUCUGGAAAACUCUUGUUUUUCAUACUCACUGUGCGACUGUACGAGGAUCCAAACCUGGCAAAAAUGUACAACUAACGGAAAAUGAAAUCAAGGGAUUAUGCAUAAAGUCACGCGAGAUCUUCCUUAGCCAACCUAUACUGCUCGAAUUGGAGGCCCCUCUAAAAAUUUGCGAUUCUACAUCAUGGAAUUGGCUUACUUUUUCAUUGUUGAAAAGGCGGUUGCGGUACCUGAUCAAAGAAAAACUGCAAAGUAGUCCAUUGACGAGUGACUGUUGUUUUCAUCCUACCCCUCUAUCUCGCUGUAAUGUGAUAGAUCGUUCGCCUUUGAAAAGUAACUACAAUUUUUGGCUCCUUGUUCCAAAACUGAAGCAAUAG